ACACAAAAAGCACACCUGCGUGGACAAAAGAGACUUUAAGUGCCUUAACUAGCAGGGGAGACCUGGUUUGAGGGCUUUGGUGGCAAAUUGAGGAGCUGUUCAUGUGUGUGUGUGAGAGAGAGAGCUAGAGAGAGGGAAAGAGAGAGGCAAUGCGAGAUAAAAUUGGAGGUCGGAGAGGUGGGAUGAAGGAACUCUGAAGACUGAUCCCAGUUGGAACAACUUGAGGUCAGACGAAGAAACUUUCCAGAGAAAGAUGAUAAAGGAGUAGGACUGGAUUAUUUCCUCACUUAUCUUCAUGUGUUUGGAGAGACAGCUGCUUUAAAGGUGAGAUGAGCAUUGAAGGAAUAUACUUGUAUGUAAGUGUGUUUAAUCAACUGUGAAUCCAGACAACAUACGAGCGUGUGCGUCUUCGGUGCUUUUUAACUCCUGACAGCACUUUUACAUAACUUUGCAAGUCAUUAGAAGCGAAUGAUGAUGUGUUAUUAAGUCAAUUACAUUGAUUAGUAAAAUUUAUGAUGUAACCCCUGUCUUGCCUACACUUAGAUUGAAAGGUGUGUGUGUAGAUAGUUUGAAUCUGCCGCAUUGUUUGCAAGUCAAUGAGAAAAAAAAUGAUUUGAGAAUCAAUAAUGAUGUUAAAAAAAAGGUUAUAUAAUCAUACUUUAAUCACUGUUGCUUUACAGCCUGAUGUGGUAUUUAUUCCUUUUUAAACUCAACAAAAAUCAUCGCAAUGGCAUUUUUUCGUUAAUAUGUAACCAGUUGAGGCUGUAAACUGAUCAGGAAGUCGGCGGUCUGUCUCAGUAUAAACACUAGUGAUUUAAGAGGCAGCUGCUGUUUUCAAUGACAUAAUGAAGAAAAACAAACGAAUGUAUGCAUUUCGUUAUUCCAAUAUGGACUUAGUGUUUGGCUGCUGUGCUGUGACAGCUGGUAGGGUUAUGGACUAAAUGAAGCUUUGUAACUCAGCUGAAUAAUAAAAGCCAAGAGACAAACAGGGGCGUGCAAUAGAUUGAUCUCUGAGAGGCUUUCGUCAUCACUUUUAUCGCACGAACAAACAUCAACUGUUGUUUAACCAUGUCUGAAAGGAUCAAAGUUUGAGCUGCGCAGUAUUCUUUAAAUCAUUGUUAAAACUCUGAGGAUUUAAGCGUAGGGUUAAUCAAUCAAACUCAGCCAUAAAGCGAUUAGUGUGACAGAUGUCAUAUACCAGGGUGGAGCCUCAGCAUGUUUCAGCACCUGUAUGGCAACCUGAAUAUGUAACAAGGUUAAUCGAGGUUAUUGGCAAAAAUUGAACCUGCCAUCCAGUCACCAGGCUGCGUUUUACAAGCAAGGAAAAGAUAGGAGUGAGCUGUAAGGUUCAAUGCACUCAAGUGACCGGGUCAAACCCCACAGUCAGCUGCUGUUUCUGACAAUGGCUCUUUCUCUUAAACCAAUCUUAUCAGUCUUUUUUUCUCACACUCCAAAUCAACCCCCCAACCCCUUAUCUAUCUAGGCUCAUCGUCCCAGAACAUUCACGGUAGCUUAAUUUUGAGAAGUGCUGACCUACUGACCACACUGUUCACUGAGUGCAUGUUAGAAAGGUAAUUUAACACUUUUAUUACACAGGGGACAAAUUUGCCGUUGAACUGUGGCAACUCGACAUGCUCGAGCACGUUAAUGGGGAUGUUGAUUCUUACUUUCGUUGCUGUGAUCACAUUCCAAUCAACACAAUCAAAAACAGGUUACUUUUUAAUUAUACAUAUGUGUGUUUAUCACAGCAAAUAACCUCACCUUUCCCGUAGGCGUAACUACAACUGCAUAAUUCUGUCAUAUCUGAUUAACAUCAAACUCUGAGCUUCCAGUAUUUCGAUUCGUUUGUUAAAAUCACAAUUUUAGUUACCCGCCAGUCGGCUCUAGUCUAUCUAGUCUAGUCCACAACAUGCAGCUAUCGAUAUGCUGCCACAACAUUUGAAGACAUUCAUGGUGUCCGGAUGAACCCAGAAACAUUUGUGAUAUCCCACUUUUGCCGUUUCCAUAGUUGAUGGUUGAAGUGCCAUGAAAUCAGGUUUAUACAUUCACAGAUGAAGUAUGCCGUUCCGUUGUCAGUGAAGCUCUACAACCACGUCAGAGUCUACUACUUUAAUUCAUGACUUCAAACAAUAAACAUCAACAUUCCCAUAAAGUAACAUGAUAUUUGAUUUCAAGGAAGUGUGAGGAACUUGUAUGAAGUGUAUAUCAUGGUGACACUUUUGAAUAGACUAACUGCAUUUCCCAUAAGCACUCUUAACACUUGUACUUGUCAAGGAAGCAAAGCCCUGUUUACUUUGGUGUCUCCAGAGAUAUACUGUACCCAGUUCUAAGCGAGGCGCUGAAUAUUGACACAGCUUUUGUUUUGGAUUGGAAAAUUGAACCUCAACACAGGCAAUAGAAUUCAUUUUAUGUAAGUAACCAAUCUUGUUGCUGAUAAUCUGGUUUGCUCGUUUGUUAUCAAGAGGAAUUAGUAUAAGCGGGACAUUGUUUAAAACUCUACUAAACACUCUUCAUUGUGCGUAAAGAUGCUUACAUUACACAUUGCAAUGGUCAAUGUGACAUACAAGCAUUUACGACCAAUGUAACCGUUCCGCUCAUGUAGUGACAUGGAAGUAGACUUUUAUAGGUUACUGGAUAUACAUUUGUCAUUUUCCUGUCACUCUUAAUCUUCCAGACACGACAAUAAGUGAGUCAUAAUUUGAUGUCAGAGCGUAACUCCUGACUGAUACUAACCAACUGUCAAAACAAUGCAGGUGUGAAACAACCCACGCCUCAGCCUUAGGGCAAGUUAUAGCCAAGCAUAAACACACACAACACCAUGAUAGCUUCAUGCUCUGUGUGGAAUUUAGUGAGUAUUUUGCAUAUACUAUAGCAGUGUAUAUGGCUGUGUGGGUGUAUGUUUGGGUAACAUUUGAGAGGCAAAGAGGCAGCGGAGGGUAGUAAAGGACUUCAGGACAAGAGGUGGAAAGAAAGGUGAUGGUGCUUCUUAUGUCCAGAGGGCUUAAAGAUGUAAAAAGUAGGGGGAUGUGUGGGAGGAGGAACAGAAAUGAGGGAGGCACACAGGUAGAGAGGUAGAGACCGAAAGCAGGAGAUAGAGGAGGGUUUAAGUGUCAGGUUACCUGGAAUACUUUAGGCCUGUUUUGUUUUGUGAGCAGGGCUUGGUCACCCAAAACAGCCAACCGCAAAUCUACGAAGCAUCCAAACAAGGCUACGCUUCAGAGAUCUAUAUUACAGCCCUGGGGUUUCAAAGAGGGGGCAAGUCCAGGAACCUUCAAGACGGAUUCUGUUACAGUCCUGUAGAAAGAAAAGGGGAGGGAGAGAAAAGACAGCGAGAUUGAAUCAAACCAGGUGUUGUAGUCUAAGCUAGUCGAGUUGGGACAGUGAGAGGGAAGAGGACAAAGGACAUACGGGGGAUCGUGAGUGAGUUACAGGGGAGUCCCACCUCCGGGGAAGGAGGGCAGUGUUUACUCUGCUCCGGACGAGCUGCAUCUGGGCCUUAACACGAAAGACAACUACAUCAUGUGGGUGAGUGCAACAGGAAGCAGAGUAAACCUAUUUUCAUCUUGAGGAUGGCCCUUCAAGUCACAGGUUUGCAUUGGAGGGGCCAUUUGAAUACCAUUCAGACAGUUUAUGCUGUAAAUUGUUAUGCAACUGUGGUUGUAUGGACACACCAUCAUACUGGACCUGGGCUUUCUGUUUGCUAACUUUUGCUAAACCAGUUCCUGUAAUGAACUGCUGACAAUCUGUGUUUUGCAUGUUGGAAGUGUUAUUUCAGAGUAAAGGGGAAAAAUCCCUGUGCUUCAUUUGUUGUAUUAUGUCAAAGGUGUGUGAUCAGGGGCAGCAUCUGAUGCAGGUAGGAACACUUUAGAUUCCUAUGAGACCAGGUUCUUACUAUUUGGUCAAAUUACUUUCAUUUUUAACCGGAGGCAUCUGAUGUCUGGAUCAUAUGUUUAAAGAGGAACAAGCUUUGCCUAUGUUAGCACUUGCAUGUAAUAAAAGGAGUGUUUUCUAAACUAAUUUCAGUUGUGACACUGCUUCAUUCAGUGUUUAAAUUAGCUUGUUUGAUUAUCAUUUGAGGAUAAUCUGCUCCCAGUUUAAAACUACUAUGAGUCAUUCAUUCUGAUGGAGUCUUUAUCGGAACACAAGCUGGGCGCAUAUGAGCAAAGAUGCCCUAGGUAGUUAGUUCACAGAUCCUGUGAGAAACUUCUUACACUGUAAACCAGCAACACUAACCUGUAGUGCAUACUCCCGCCCAUAGAGAGACACUCAUGCCUGGCUUGGCUCUGCACAUCUAAGCACAUAUGGGCUGCACUGGUCUAGAUCUGUACCUGUGAUUAAAGCUCCACUAACAUGUCACCGGUCGUUUCUCAGAAGUGCUUUUGUGAAUGAUUUAGUGGAGGGGAACACAAUCCCGAGCAGCAGAGACGCUGGGAGGGGAACACCUUCUUUGAACAAAAGGUUUUACCAUGUCAUGGCUUUUAUCUGUUAAGACUGACCCAGUUAUGCCUUGGAGCUGGAGUCAAGAGGGAAGCUUCUCCGAUUAACUUACUGAAAUUCUCUGUGUGAGUUGGUCAGGCUGGACCAUGAUCAUGCUUUGCAUUCAGCAUUAGAUCCUAGAGCAGCUGAUGGUAGUCAUGAUUACUUUAACCUUGAUGUUUCCCAGCAUUGGAAAUAUGAUCUUACAAUGGUGACAAAACAGAACUUGUAAUUUCAGUGUUUGUCCAUUUCCAACCGCAUGACACUCUCACUCACCCUUUAGGCAUCUUUCAGGUUUGCCAGGUUUUGUGCUGUCUCAUCCCUAUCCAUAACACUGAUUGAUGGUGACCUGAUUUCUCCUGUGUUUUUUUUCACUAAGGUGUGGUCUGGUUCGGCUUUAAUUCAUAUCUUAUCAUUAGUUUAGAAAAAAGCACCAAAUUCAUGAAGAUUUCUGUCUAUGCCAAAAAAAUGUUAUGUUGGGGGAAGUGGAAGUGAGUCAAGCAGAAGAAACAGAAACAAUGGAGGCAGAGUGACAACCUAAUCAUGGUGUUAAUGAAGUAUGUGACUAAAGCUAGUCUGCAUUAGAGUUAUGAAAUAUCGUCAGACAGAAGCAGACUAUUGACUUCCUUAGUUAGUUCAUGAAGCAAAACCAAAGCUCCAUUUUCUUGAUUGUACCUUAUUUUAGAUUAUGGUCGUGUAGUGCCGGUGAGAACUGAGUACCACUGUUUGAAGGGAAUUUUACCUCAGGAACAUGGGGUCAGUAAGACAGAAAUACAUAACAUGAACCUGACAGAGCUGUGUAAACUAAAGACAGUUAAAUUGCUUUUCAGCAGCAGGUUAAGGCAGAAUAAGGGGAAUUUAGAAAUGGCUAUAAGGCCCAAAAACAGGAGAAAUGUGACAUGACUGGCCCUUGCAACAUAGUUGAACAGAUUGUAGCUGAUUGACCUCCUCAAAUCAGACCCAAUUAUGUGACAAGUCACAGGACAACAGGUUGAUUGCAAAAUACAACCUAAAUGUGUACAUGUGAUUUAGAAUAUAAGCGUUUUCAGCGUUAAAUGGCGUUUUCAUUACAUAUUCAUACAUUUGCAAUACAAUUAGAGUUUCAUGUGACUCAAAGCAACUAUUCAUCAGAGGGAGCGCAGCGAAAUACCUUCAUGCACACAGAUUUCAUGGCAAACUGUACAUCAGAAAAUAGUCGCACCCACUUGCUUUCUAGUGUCUUGAGUAAGCUGGUAAUUUUACAUCAUAUUGCUUAAUAUUUACUUUUUCCUCUUUCCUAUUAUUAAUUUCUAUCUUUUUAUGGUCAUUCAGUGUUAUUAGUCUUUUGUUAAGUAAACUCAUUGAAACACAUGUUUCUCACGAUGUCUUGGUAAAGCCUCAGAAGUGCCCAAAUGCCUACACACACCUGUAUUGAGCUAUAUCAGAGUGCCUCAGAUUUGUACUACUUCUCUUUGCAAAUCACCUAUGCGGUAGCUGCGUUUACAUGGACUCAAAUAAUCGGAAUAAAUGCCGGAUCGGAAUUAAAAUGCGUCAUGUAAAAAUGUCGAUCGGAAGAUUCUGAUCCAAUUCGGCUCCUUCAUAAAGAAACUGUAUUCCGAUCGACAGGGGUGGUUCAUGCCGAUCGUUAUUCCUAAACGCGUCCAUGUAAACACUUAUUCUGAUCAUGACUCUCUUACCUGACUCGAUCUUCACUCUUUAGCCUGUGGCUUUCUGUUGAGGCCAUUACAGGAGGUUUCAUUAUUAACACUCUGGAAUAAAACACAACCGCAGAUGCCGUGUCUGCUCUUCCGGUAACAGAACAAGGCGUACAUACAGCGUAAUGAUGUCACAUCUGCACGCACAGUGCAACCUUUGACAGAACGGUAAAAUAAGUACGCAAGGGCGCCAUCUAGUGGCUACAUUAACAUGGGGGAAACUCCUGAAUUGGGUGAAGUGAGCCACUACCACGUUUGUUGGUUUGUUGACAGCGAGUGUAAAUGUUACGCAGACAACUCUGCGCAUGUCCAAAUGCUUCUAAUCUGAAUAAAGUUUGGUGCAUGUAUAAGCACGUCAUGAUCGGAUUAUUUGAUUUUGCACCCAUAGUGGAUUCAGAUUAUCCGAUAUCUCAAAUUUUUAAUCGAAUCAAGAAAUUUUGUACAUAGAAAACGCGGCUAGUCUUUUAUUUACUUUCAGGAGUGACCGGUCUCUUAUCCUUGAAGAACAUCUAUGGUUAAAAACAAAUCUGUCAUGUCAAAGUGCUGCAAGACUCUAAGUACCCAGUUUUAACAUACUGUGUUUGUGUUUAAAGAGAAAUGCAGCUUGCGAGUUCUAUGCUGGAUAUUAACAUGUUAAAUUCUUGUCUCUACAAGCCUUUACAAUGUAGUUUCUAGGUAGGGUAAGCACUGUCGAUUCAUGAAAGUCAGCUCUUUUUUUCAUCAAAAACCUGUCCAACAACAUUUGUUCCUGCCUCUUCACACUUUUCCUGACCAUUACUUUUAAUAGAAAUGAGCUGAAUCCAAACAGAUAAUUUAAAACAACCUGUCAAACUUCAUUUUGGCCACUUCCUUCUUUAACUAAGGAACUACAACAGAUUGACCCUUGCGACAAAGAAAUGUAUGCAAAACACAGUAUCCCACCUCUUACUUGAAAGCAGAAGUGGAAAUAGAAAUACAUAAUAGUGUUGACUUACUGCAGAUGUUGUUUAUUAGUAUAAACCAAAAAUAACACUGUAAACAGUGUACUUAUGUACAGCUGAGACAAUGAAUAAAAAGCUGCAAGACAAGACAAAAGAAGAACAGCAGGUAGAUGAAGGUGGUCUCCAUACAAUCUGUCAGUAACUGUACACCAUCUGCUGAAAUCUUCAACAAAGGACAGUAAGCAUCCAUAUUGACGUUGAGCACUAAGCAACAGGGUGGACUGUAUUCAGCUGUGAUGAAUAAAAGCAAACAUGCCACACAAUCUGCAAACUGAAGAGCACGAAAACAGCGCCACAAAUAAGCUCAUAAACAAUUUCAUAUCAUGACAAUUUAUUAGUAGGUUGACCACAUUUUUGUCUUUUAAAUUAAAGUAUACUUUAAUACGUUAUUAAGGGUGAAACUGACUUUAAAGGCAGUACAGUGAUUUGUUGCAUGGCAAAAAUCAUACUGUAUUAAGUUGUCAGGUAUCAAUCUUUAGCAAAACAGAGCAAAUGUAACAAUCAGAAAAAUAGGGAGAAAGGUGAUGUUUUUGUUUGGGUUGUGAGAUUUUGUUCAGUUAAAAAAUGGACAAGUGAAAAAAAUGUCUCUUUGGUGGGCAAAAUUUAGAGUUGAUCAAACUGAAUAAUUACAAAAAAGGCAAUACAUGUAAGUUACCGAUAUCCUUCGCUUACCAGCAAUGUUUAAAUUCAAAGUCAGAGAUCAAAGCGUUGUGUUUAUAUGUUAUCACUGAACCUCUAGUGAUUACUACUGGUGUACCGUGCAUUCCCACAAUGGUUCAUUUAAGAUAAACGGACAGCCCCGUGUCUGAGCACAAGUUUUGGUGAACGUAGUAAAACAUAAUAUAAAUGUCAGCACAUUGUUUUCCAGUCCAUCAUAAUUACUGUUAAUUUCAGAACUCAUUUACUCUAAGUAAAAGUCGUGAAACUCUCUGUCUCUGUUUGAAAUAAGAAUUCAGACACAGCCAAGGUGUGGCCCUUGGGGAGUUCCCACUUUGAUUAGCUUGAUGUUCAUGUGGCAUCAUCUGUUACAUGAUGCAGGUACAUGUUUUAAAUGAUAUAGCUCCCCUUCCCAACAAAAAGUAGAGUAUUACAUAAUAAACACUAAAGAAAAGACAAACACAGUUAGCUAACAGCAAGCUGGUGAACAGAGUGGACCAUUAACCAGCCACUAAUAGGUGAGACCAAAAAAGCAGAGCGAGAAAUGCCAGGGGGCGACAUGAUUGAAAGAUAAUCCUGACUUAUCGUAAUGGUCAUAUAGAGGUGGAGAUGCUGAUAUCAAUGUGACUUUCAAAAACUGAACAGGGACAAUCUCGGUGACAUGGACCCCCUCCUUUGCCAGCCUCAUCUGAAGGCUUUCUACCCUGAGGUGCUUAAUCAUUCAGAGAACUGUCAUUGUUAGAUGUUGAAUACUUUAUAUUGUUAGAUGUUGAAUACUUUGUCACCUUCACCCUUUGUGAACCCUAUCCACGAAGGUAUUUAGUUAAAGGUAACUCCUUUUGUGAAUUUUAACUACACCCUAAACAUAAAACUGACAGCGAUGUCCUGUACGCAGUUAUGCAACUAGCAUACAGCUGAUACCUUGCCUAAGGACACAUUAGGUUUUGACAUGACUCCUGCGCUUAAAGAGCAGCCACUCCUCCCACUAUACCACCACCCUUUAAAAUUACAUGGUGUUCUGUCUCCAUCAUAUCAGUUGCGCUUAAAUGGUAGACACACCAUGUCCCAAAAGACCCUGCCAUACUAAAGCCUACAGUACUGUCUGUUCAGAGUUCAUCACUUCCACUGGGAAGUCUGUUUGAUAACAGAUUAUAGGAGGAGCCUGAAGCAUAUUGAAUGUCUGACAUAUGCAGAAAAGGCACAUGGGUAUGGAGUGACAGCUCACAGUGGCACACUAUGUUCCCCAGGUGUUUGUAGUCAGCUAUUCUACGAUGGAUAUGCUUUAUAUUUGACUGUAUUUUGUUGCAUCUUGCUCCCAAGGUAUGUCACCAGAGUAAACAGAAAAUGUCACGAACAAGGCUUAGACGAUUGCUUGGCAGUCUGCAAACAAAAUUACCCAAUCAUUUAGCAACACCUCCACCUAGAAACUGUAUCCUGUGUGUUUCCUGUAAUGUCACGUGCUCUUAUUUUGCACUCACUUUAUCUCCCAUAUCUUCCUUAUCCUUUCCUCAGACGAGCGUCCCGGUGCCUGAGGAAAGUACUAGACCGUUGAAUCCGAGGCAGCCAGGUGAGCUGAAUAUUGCGUUUUUCUUUAGCUGUUGUCAAUACAGUAUUUUACCCUCAGUGAUUUUUCAAAUCCCUUAUGUUUCCCUCUCUUGCUCCCAGUGGUUCCACGACCAGGCCGCCGCAGACAUUCCAUGACGGCGACAAGGACUCAGAAGGACAAGGCUUCAAAAAGGAGGAAAGUUUUGCUGACUGUCCUGUCAGUUGUGGUGUUACUGGGCAUACUGGCCACUGCAGCAUUCUUCAGUAAGUCCUAAAAGUAGUACACAUGCAAACACAACAGGUUGACUUUAUAUACUCAACAGCUGUCACCGAUUGGAUAUGAUGUGAACAUGUUUUAUGAUGGUGUAAAUCAAUAACAGGAAAAUAUAAUUCUAACUUGUUUUCCUUUUAUUCUGUGCCACUUUAGUUAAGAAGCUGAUCGACAGUAAAUUCUUCUUCUGCAAGCGCUCGUUUAAGUUUAUCCCACUAGCCAAAGCCUGUGACGGGAAGCAUGACUGUAUCGGAGGAGAAGAUGAAGUUACCUGUGUUUCAAGCUUUAAAGUCAACACAACCUUUCCAGGUAAAUCAAACAUUUCUGUCCUCCUUUCUUAGUCAUUAAAGACAAAUACAACUUUAAAGGAGACUCCCUUUUUUAAUCCUUUCCCUGCCAUUCCUCCCUACAGUGCGUCUCAUGACCAGUCGGAAUGUCCUGCAGGUGUACAAUGCUGGUGCAGGGUGGCGGAGUGUUUGUAGUGACGAAUGGACACAGAGGCACACACAGACAGCAUGUAAACAGCUGGGAUACACAAAGUGAGUGUGCAACCAUUGGCAGCAUUAUUAAAGAGCUGAAAUCAAAAUUAGAGUAUUAUAUCAUUUCACUUCUGUUUUUACAGUAAGCCUCAAAGCACCGGAGUCCAGGUGAGCACUUUAACGCCAUCCAUGAAAAAGGGACCAUUCACAGCUGUCAGGCCGGGGACAACAACCACACCCUUACACCAGGCUACCAUUGAUCGGUGAGGAAGGCCGUCUCCAAACAGGAAAAACAAACUCCCAACCCCACAACUCAUGACAGCUUUAUUCGUCAUUUCAGAUAUUACUUCAUCUUUUCCAUUGGCAUUGUUUUGUCUGGAAAGUCUUAUUUUAUUUUUCUUUUAAGUCAGACAGGUUUUUGUUUUUUUUCUUUGUUCAAAACCUCUAUAUAAUGUUGUUUAUCUUCUCUUUUACCUUUGAGCUCCUGCUCUCCUAACACCUCCUCCCCCUGACACCCACACGCCCUUAUGUUUUUUAUGUACAGAUGAAACUGUGGUUUUUCUCAGUUUCUGUUCCUAAAAGGCACAAAACUCCACUGUUUUUUUCUCUUUCUGUCUCACCCUGUUUGAAAAAAAAGCUGAAAUUAAAUAAACAAAUGAGAACUGAAACAGAGACAAAGUUCAGUUUUAUUAUCGAGGUGAAGUUAGGUCAGGGCCUGACUGUAUACUGUGUAUGUUUUGACUUUUUUUGUGUUCAUAUGUUGCUUGGAAUGUUAAAUAAAAUCCCUUAUCUCCUCCUACAGCAGUGCAUGCAGAUCUGGAUCAGUGGUGUCUUUGUCCUGUUCAGGUAAGUUUAUUUUUAGACCAACCAUCAUUACUGACAUAGUUUACCACGUUUGAUUAGGCAGAGUUGGAAAGAUGACAUGACUGUGCGACCAGUUUCUCUCUAACAGGCCCAUACAUGUCUCCAGUACUCUGAAAAGCUCGUCUUAUCAACACAAGACAGACUAGUUCAUUGUUGAAAAGAAAUGAAAAACAUAAGUGUAAAUGAAACCAAAAUCUUCCCUGCCUGGCAUAUAGUUCCUUAAUUUCAAAAAUACAGAUGUGAAAUAAAAGUCUGCAAUGAAAGGAUUAUUGUAUUGAGCCAAGAUAGCUUUGUUUUUCAGAUUGUGGGAUGGCGGGCUCUCAAGAGCGGAUUGUCGGGGGUAAAGAUGCCUACAUUGAGGACUGGCCCUGGCAGGUUAGCCUGCAGCAGAAUGGCCGUCAUACGUGCGGAGGCUCAAUUGUGUCAUCAAAUUGGGUCGUCACUGCCGCCCACUGUUUUGCUGGGUGAGUUUCGUGUCCACAUGUAAUGUUUUCUAUGACUUUCCUCUGAUGUUAACGCAUCAACUCUUGCUCAUACUUCCUACUCAUUGUCUUAUUUUGGGCUUUGCAGUAGUAAGAAGGAGCUGAGUGGCUGGAAAGUGGUGGCGGGUAAGACGUACUUGGCCACACUGGGAGGAUACUCUGUGGACAGGAUCAUACUGCAUGGAGAUUAUGACACGGCUCGAAACGACUAUGACAUCGCCAUGAUGAGACUCAGCAGCCCUAUCAGCAUUGGAGGCAAGACUUGAUUUGAAUACUUAAACAAACACACCGACAUGGUUUAUCCAGAGUCAUUUGAACUUAGACAGGUUCAUCAUGAAGGAAAGUAAAUACAUUUUGUCCAUUGAGAAGGCUCUGAUUAAUUGCCCUCUAGACGUAACGCCUUUAAUCACCUGAACUGUAAAGAAUGCAAAUUAAAUUGUCAAAACUAUUCAAACUAAAUGCAAUUUUUUUUUCUUUUAGAGACCCGCAAGCCAGUUUGUCUACCUCCUCAAUCCUUUGGCCUUACUGCCGGUGCUACCAUGGCUGUGACUGGCUGGGGUUACCUAGAGGAAAAUGGUGAGGAAUCGAAUUUGUAACCUUCUAACAAAAAAUGGCAACUCCUUCAAAGUUCUCAUUUUUAAGUCCUUGUUCUCUUUCCAGGUAAUGUUUCACCUUCACUCCAGAAGGCUGCAGUCCCUCUGAUAGACCGGGCUAAGUGCUCCAGCCCAACAGUGUACGGCAAUGCCAUUACCCAGAGAAUGAUCUGUGCUGGUUACAUGGAGGGGAAAGUGGACGCCUGUCAGGUAAACACAGUUUUUAGGUACACCACUUAAGAUCAAGCCUGGAGAUUUUAAUAUGUAAAUAAUAUUUCCACUGUAACACCAUUUAAAUUGGAGCCCACAUCUUCAGUUCAGCUUUCACUGAUAUUUCUGGCAACCUUCUAUAUUUAUGUGGUGAAGUUUUAUUUUGGUGCUAUGAUCCUCAGGGGGACAGCGGAGGUCCGUUGGUGUACUUCACAUCAUCUCAGUGGCACCUGGUAGGUGUGGUGAGCUGGGGCGUUGGCUGUGCCCGAGAGAGAAGGCCAGGUGUUUACUGCAACAUGGAGGAGAUGUUAAACUGGAUUCAUACAGUCAUCGAGGUACAUCCUGCCAAUACUCUUCACACUCUCUGAACUAAGAUCCACUCUUACUUUUAAUUUAAGUUAGUUUAUUUCCACUUCAACUAAAAAUGAAAAGCUGAUUUGAUGAGAAACUAACUUUAGAAACAAUACAUUAAAAAAAAAAAAAAAAAACAAGCCCGUGUUGACAAAAUUGUACUUCCUCUUUCCAGAAAAACCCCUGAGGUCCUCUGUUGAGACAAGCAGGCACCACCAGACUCCGGUCAAGUCACCCUGGAAGAAACUGUGAAACUAAAAAAAAAAGCUUCGGUUUCACCAUGGUGGACUGAAGUUGAGGGACAGAAGGAGCAGAAAGAGGAAGAUGAGGCUCGUCCUCAGCGGCAGUAGACUGUCACAUACAGCCAUAUGCCAAAACAAUGCACGCACGCACACCCACACAUUCACACACACACGCUUGCACAUUUCAUACAAACUUGUUUCAGGUGUUGUUUUUGCCAUUUCAGGUUCUGAUCUCAGGGGACAAAAUUAUUUAUGCUGUUUUUUUUUCUUCCUGGCCAUUCUUGGGUUGUUUUGAACUAACUCCCUUACUCACGUGCUUUUGAAACAAGAGUGUUGGAUAUAAGAUAACACCUAUUAACACAGGGACUCUGCAAUAAAACAUGUUUUAACUGUGCGUUUUUUGGAUCUUACCAGACAGGCAGACCUCAGAUAUAAUGAACUUGAUUAUUAUGUGCUUUGAUUUCAAGUGUGCAAUGGGAUAACAAGGGUUUGCAUGACUAGGAAAGGGUUAGCUUGUGCUAUAUUAAUGCCAACAGAUGUCAUCCUCAGGUAAACACUGCUAACAUGAAUGAGCUCAAUGUGUAUGUGCCUGUUAAAGGACAAUUGCACCUUUUUCCCCAGCACUGUUGGUGAGCCUUAUUCCACCCCCUGGUUGAGCACUUUAAAUGGAAAAUGAGAUUUAUCUGACCUCAGUGUGUGUACAGAUCAUAGACUGUAUAUAGAAUGGACAGUGUCUGCCUCCUUGCUGAGUGAAGCCACUCCGAGAACAGCUCCCUCUGUUGACUGGCUGCAGUAUAGGUCAUUAAUCCUGCCUCCUCCAGCAAAGCUUAUGGAGCUGUGGACAAACUUUAGAAAUUUAUUACACAGAAUUUUAAAUUUUCUCCCCCCUGCUUGCGAUGUUGACAUGUAGUUAUUGUAAGACUGGUUUGUGUUCAAGUCCUCUUUUUUUCCGUGAGGCUCCGUUUUUAAAGUUAUUAGGGGGUUAAUGUUUUCUCUGAUUGACACCUGAUACAGCCUAUUGGCGUUCAGGGAUUGCAUGGCUCACCCGGGGAUACGCUGGUUGAGCCGAGCGUCAUCACAGUGACUCUCGGCGACUCUCCCACAGAAUGCGUACAACACUACCGCGCAGCGCUGGUUUCAGGAAAUGAAGAAAAAUCGCUGAGAGCUUUCUGGCUUCAAAUCCGUAUACAGGCGGGAGGCAGAGCCAAGUUGUCCAUGGUAUAUACAGUCUAUGGUACAGAUAGUUCAAUGUGCUGUAUCUCAGAUCAUAUGUCUUAGUGCCUUCAUACUGAGUUUAAGUGUGUGUUCUUAAAACUUGCACCUUAGCCAGAAUGUUUGAGAGUGGUGCUUGUUGAGUUUUCUUUUUUUUUGCAUUAAUAGCUAUGAAGAUAUUAAUGUCACUACUUAUAAAUACUAAGUGAGCAAACAGAGCUGGACGUGUAAAUUUGUACAUUCAGGUGAAACUGAAAGGACUAAUAAGACAUGCAUAGCAUUCCUCUCAAGUCUUGUAUAGAGUGCCACGGUGGAAAGAAACAUGUAAAUUCAGGAAAUGUUGACUUUUUUUACCCUGUAAAUAGUCUGUAAAUGUAAUAAAGACCGUCUUCUCUAACUUGGCAACUCGAACAACUGUUUUGUCAGACGACUGACUUGAUAUUCUUGGCAAGUCUGUGUGCGAGAAACUGGAUCCGUCCUCAUUUCAUUCACUGUCUCCUCAAGGGCACACACCCUCUGACCCCAAAGUGAACAAAGAAGUGACAGAGAACAGAGUUUAUGUAAAUCAUUAUAUAAACUGUGAUCCGCAACAGAUCCAGUGACAAUUUCAUCUCGUGUUUCAUUCACCGGUAUGUGAAGAUACUGUAAAACAAGCUGCUGAGCAUGGAAGUUAAGAGGUAAAACAAUACCUCUGUAAGUUUGAUGUAUGAAAAUUGUCUCUAAAACCUCUUAAGAGUUGCAUUUUUAGGACUUUUGGGAAUUUUAAGCCAAAAAGGAAAAAAAACUCCUUUUCUGCCAUCUCUGUGCGCUCUAUUUUCUAUAUGUCAGAGCAGACAUAUUGGAGAGUUUCUAUUUGAAAAAGAGACAUCCGUUUGUUUGUUUAUGAAAAAAAGAAACACAUUUAUUAUACCCUGAAUCUCAGAGAACAACAACAGGCAAUGACAAACCAAGCAGCUUGUGCUCCACCUACUGGUAGGUUAAGGGGAUGGCUAUGAUCUGUUCAGCUCGACUUAGGCAUACAGAGGAGCUCUUUCACCAGAACAGACUGACUGAAACGUUUGAACAGGAGUAACUGGAGCUGAUCAACUUCAUUAAUGAUCGUAAACAUGACUAAGACUGAUGGAGAACAUUCUCACUAUACAGUCCGUCAGAACUAAAUUGCAGCAGCUCAUUUGCUCAUGAGAAGAUUUCGAGUACAGGCGCCUCCACUUAUCUUCUUGAACCACGACUGGAGCCUUUGAACGGAUCAAACUGUUUGGAAAAGAAAAACAAAACAAAAAAGGAUUUAAAAAUCUUCGUUUCAGGGAUACAUCCAGAAAGAAAACGCUCUAUGGUGAGACAGUGAUCCCAUGUGACAAAAAGGGAUAUUGUUUUAUUCCUCACCUCUUCAUCAUCACUGUCAUCGAAUGCAACUCCUCUGGUCGACUGGCUCUGACUCUGAGAGCCAUACUUUGAGAAGGAGGAUGAUGAUGACGAUGAAGAUGCUGGCCUAAGGGAACACAAAGAUAAGACACAACAGUUCAAAUACAGAGCAGAGAGAAGAACAGAGAGAAAUAAUCACUCCUAUGCUGCUAUUUAAAACAAACAUACUUUGCAGGGGGUCGGGUGGUCUUCGUCACUGGUAUGUCUUCAUCUGAGUCAUCAAUAGUCACCUGGAAAAGAGGUUAAGAGGUUAAGAGGAUAAGGUGUUAGAGCUUAAAUAAGACAAGGACAUGUGGUUUUAAUGUGAAUGAGUGGCCUUUUUCACUUACUUCAUCUGCUUGGUAAGACGUGGAGACUUUGGCCCGAGAUGAUCUCUGGGUUGAAGCUUGAAAUGCUGAAUAAGCGACAGAGAACAGACAGAAGAGAAAAACAGAUUCACACACUGAUGAGAUGAGAUUUCUGCACCUUCUCUGCAAAGCCUCUGCGUGACUUAUUAGCGCUGUAAACCUAAAAUUAACCAGAGUGUCCCUGGAUCAUCACACCCACACACAUACACUCACACUCUCCUACCCUGAAGAAUGCUUCUAUUUUGUGUUGGUGCUGUGGAUUUAGUGGAGCGACUCCGACUGGCUGGCUUUGGAUCGGAGGUAGCCGCACCUUGAUGGAAAAUAGAAAGGGGUCAGAAUGAGGAACUGCACAACAUGAAUGUAGUAGUUCUCUACUUUGCCACAUUACAACAAAUGAUUUGACCGUCACUAGGCCACACAAAGUCCAAGAAAGAGGUUUUAUCUUGUGCACAACUGCUCUUCUUAAAAAAUCCCUGUUUUAAAAUUUAACCAUUGUCCCUUCAUCAAAAUGACAUAAACUUUCACUUCAGCACAGUAGUUUUCCAAGCAGCCGCUCUAAUAUAAGAGUAAAAUGGUCCUCAGGCACUUAGUGUUGUAUUUGCAGUGAGUCAUUAGCUUGCACCACACCUAAAUAUCAAAAGAAAAGCUCUUAGACAAACUUAAGCUGUACCUAUUUGUCUUUCAUAUUCGAAUUGCAACUAAUAAUCUGAUAACCUCACCUCUCCCCCUGCCCCGGCUCCCCCGUCCUCUGCUCCCUCGCCCUCUGCCUCGAGUUGUAGGGGCUGGGACUGAGUCGUCAUCAGAGUCCAUGUUUACAUCGGCAAGAUCAUUUAAUGUUUCCUGGUCUAGAGGGUCAUCAUCGCCACGCUCCAUACGGUGAGCUUUGGCUCUGCUCAUAGCCUGAAAGAAAGGAGGGAUCAAACACACAUAUUAAAAAAAACAGACAAGACAGCGUUUCAGACCUCUCGCACCAACUACUUACCUCUCUGAUGUCAUUGUCCUCUUCAGUCGUGUUCUUUUUGGAGUCUCUGAAUUUUUGAAUCUGAAAAUGUGAAACCAUGCAAUUUUAUUAUUAUUAUUAUUAUUACAUUGGCUUAGACUGCCAGAUUUUCAGUGUGAGCCCAUUUCCCUUACCUCUGUGUCUAUGUCCUGCUCUGUGGUUACUCCUCUGGCCUGAAGGUGACGCUGUGUCUUCUCCAGCUGAUAUGUGAUCAGCUCCUCGAUGGCAUCUUUCUCAUCUUUGUCCACAAACUCCUGAAUGGCCUUGCCCAUGCCCUGCUCUGUCAGAAGGGACAGCUGCACCGUCUGCAAAGAUAUAUACAUGUGCUUUUUGAGUAACAAGAUAUGAAUGUAAGUGUAAUGGCUGCUCGUAAAUGUAGAUCAGGGUGUGUGGAGCACCUGCUCAGCUGUCUCAAAGUACUGUUUAACCAGAUCCUCCACUCUCAGCCCUUCAACUGCUGUGGUUUUCAAUAUUUUGCUGUAGUCGACGUUGACUUCAUCUGGAAAACACAAAGAUUCAAAUGUGUCAAAUUAAAGCAAUACUGUACAUCAAUCUAUGGUUUACACGACAGAGCCACAGCAUUGUACUUAGCCGCUGUCUGACCUUUGAUUUCCUGCUUUUGCUCACGCUUCCUGAGAAAAUGAAUGAGGUCUUUUGGAUUCGCUACACGAUCAACAAACUUUUGACUGAAGCGUGCAGUGCUGAACGCCUCAAAGCCCCCGCUGUAGUCCACCUGGAGAAGCGAUAGAAAUGAUUAAAUUUAACUAAACUUUAUUACAAAGAUUUGUGCAAAUGCUUAGUCUGGGACCAUCUUACCCUCAGGCGAAUCAGAGGUUUCGCUGGAGUGAGUGGACACCCGAGUCUGUCUCUCUCAGCUUCCUCUAACAUCUCUGUGACCUACAUAAAGACCGAGGGAGACAUUUUAAUGGGACAGAUCGAGGACCAGAAAGGUCAAAUAAUAGAGUAAGAGGUUUUAGCCUGACUUGGUUUGAUUGUAACUUUAACAGUUACCUUUGCAAAGCACAAGUUCUCCACUUUCUUUGUGACUUGUGGUGUGUCAGGUGUAAAACAGUCUUCGUAAUCAGCCAGCACCACAUCCUGGAUGUAGAACUGACGCACCGUCUUCAGCGGGAUCUUCUGCAGGUUCAUCUUACGACCUUUCACUCUCAGCAGUCCUAUGUGUCUACAUUCACACAAAGAGAAAGGAUUAAUUUCUAGAACUUUUUAAAACAUACUCGCAGCACAAAAACUGUGUCCAUGUCCGUUUGUACUUUUUAGUUGCUUCUCCAGGGGACAGGGACGUGGCUACAGAGCUGCCGGGCUGUGUCACAUAAAAGAGCUGUUGUUCAUUUCUUGUAGGCGUUAUCAGACAUUCAUGCUCGUGACCCCAAACCACCAAGUCAAGGAAUUCAUCCAGAAACUGUUCAGGAAUGUAGUUAGUAGGUCCAUGUUUACUCCUAGAAAAACCACAGACAAAACAGAGGUAAAAAUACAAGAUGAGGUGACAGCCUACAUUCACAAACCUGAACUAGUUCUAGAAGGCAUCAGUUAGGAUUUAACAAACCCAAUACACAAUAACACAUUAUUCAAUGAUUACAUACAUGACACACGUCCUCUCUCCUGUCAAACAACUCUUAUGUGUGUAUGAAUUAGACAACAAAAUACACAUUGAGACACACACCUGUUCUGGUGGAUGGCAAAGAGGUUAAACCAUUCAUCUUGAUCUUCUUUAGGUCGAAGCAUGGUCACCUGGUUGUUGACAAACAUCCUGUACAAACGCUCAUCUGGGAUAGAACCUUCACACAUACACAAACACAAAAUUGAGCGUCAAACAGUGUUUCAAAUUGAAUCCUGGGACAAUACAAACAAACAAUAAACACAAAAAAAUGCAUGCUUACCAAGACCAUAGAGGGCCAGCUUGGUGCUACCUUUCUGCAUCAGUACUGGACUGAUUUCAACCUUCUCCACUGAGGUCGAGUGACCAAAGUGAUUAACAAGACCAGAGGCACUGAGCAGGUCCAACGCACACAGACCUUCAGCCUUGAGAAACAUUAAGUAACAUGGUAUUAAAAACAAACUUAAAAAUAUCAGAUUAGAUAAUGAGUAAUGUCCAGUUCAUAUUUUUGUCUUUAACAAACUUACCCCAGUUGGGUCAUCAUGAUUACCAUGAAUGCUGAACACUGGAAUCGAGAUGUUUAGGUUUUCAUCCUGAUAGUUUACCCAGGGGAACCUAAAACACACCAGCAUCAAUAUAACAGUCAUUCAAUGAGUCUUCAAAGAUUUGAUAGGGUGAAAACUCAAAUGCAGCCUGAACUGACUGGGUUGUGUUAAAGUUGACUUUCUGGUCACUGAUAAUGUCAAACUGUAUUGGCGUGUCCCCCAUGCAGUAUCGUCUCAGCAUAGUGAUGCAGCUAUGCAGGCAUCGGCGAGUGGGCUUGUUUUCAUGAAACAAAUCCCCGCCCAGCAGGAUGAAAUCUACCUGCAAGCAAAAAGGUGUUCAGAUCAGGCACAGAUUUAGGAUAAAUCAAAGCAGACAUAUAUAAUAAUAAAAUACACACACAAACUGAUCAGUCUGCACAUACCUGAUUUGCCUUGGCACAUUGUAGGAUCUCAUCAAAUGUGGUGUAAGAGUCGCUGCCUCGGAUAGCGUCCUUCUCAAGGUAGCCAAGGUGAACAUCUGUAGCAAUUAAGAUCUUGAAGGUAUCCUCAUCAUCCCUAGGAAUUAAAUCUGAUUGUAUAAAUUCUGCUGAUAAAGAACCAGCACCAAAAAUCUAAAUGUAUUAAAAUGUAUCUCGCCAAAAAGUCAUAUAUUUGAGGACUUACAAGUUGCUCUCAGAGGACAUUGUUGUGAUGUUCAGAGACCUGUUUGCACAGACAGGUGGUCAGAGAAAACGUGGCUGCAAUAAAGAAAUAAGUUAGGUUACAUUUAGCACUUCUGUAUGAACAUUUUUAGUGCUUAUUGUAUACGACUACAUUGUGGUAUGUGGUUGAUAGCAAGUUCAAAACCCCCAUUUGACAAAGUAUUAGUUAUUUGCACUAAUAUGUUAUUGACAGCUAAUUAACAACGAGGAUAGUAGAGCUGAUAAACAUUAGGUUAGGUUAUCAAUAUGGUAGCUAACACAUUGAACCAACCCUAUAGUACUCGUUACGUUUGAAUUACACGUAAUAAGUCUAUAAAACGUUAUUGAUAUAUAUUUUUAUAAAUGCUGUUACACAACAAAAUGGGAGACAUUAACUUUCACUCACCCCACGAGCACCAAAAACGCAAGUAUAUCAAACUCCUCCUAAAAACCCC